GACCGGGACCCCACCGGAUGCUCUGCGUUACUGAGGGCUUGCGUGCCUUUCGGGCGACGAGGAACAGCUGACAUGUGUGAUACAUUAGUCCUGUCUGCUCUCCUUGGCACUCUGUGGAGCCCCGGGGAGUUUCCCUUUUAAAGAGGUGGCCCUUCAAAGCUGGAGGACUCGGGAGCAGGCUGUCCCGUCUCUCUGGGUGUCAGUUGCAGGACUGAAGCCACCUUGGCACCCCUGAACUGCAGGUACUCGUGGCCAGCACAGAGGAGCCAAGGCAGCUGUGGAAGCAGACCCCUGGGGACCUUGAAAUGGUGAUCAUCUGGUGGCUCUGGUCUCUGCUGGCCAUCUGUGCUUCGGACUCAUUCCGGGACCGGGCAGUGGAUAUCAUGAGAACCACACCGGUCAUCGACGGGCACAACGACUUGCCUUGGCAACUGCUAAAUUUGUUCAACAACCAGCUGCUGAUACCAGAUGCUGACUUGAACAAGCUAGUCCAAACACACACCAACAUCCCCAAGCUGAAGGCUGGCUUUGUGGGAGGCCAGUUCUGGUCCGCAUACAUGCCUUGUGGCACCCAAAACAAAGAUGCCGUGAAAAGAGUACUGGAACAGAUCGAUGUCAUACACCGCAUGUGCCAACUAUAUCCUGAGACCUUCAUGUGUGUCACCAAUAGUUCAGACAUCCUACAGGCUUUCCAGAGGGGGAAAGUGGCCAGUCUGAUUGGCGUGGAAGGCGGCCACUUAAUCGACAGCAGCCUUGGUGUCCUGCGGACACUCUACCAUCUGGGCAUGCGGUACCUGACCCUCACCCACAAUUGCAACACACCCUGGGCCGACAACUGGCUUGUGGACAGAGGAGAUGAUGAGGCUGAGAGCCAAGGACUGUCACCCUUUGGGAAGCGUCUGCUGAGCGAGAUGAACCGCUUGGGUGUCAUGAUUGACCUGUCCCACGUGUCUGUGGCCACCAUGAAGGACGCUUUGCAGAUCUCCAAGGCACCAGUCAUCUUCAGCCACUCCUCCGCCUACAGUGUGUGUGCACACAGGCGGAACGUGCCUGAUGACGUACUGCAGCUGGUGAAGAACACAAGUAGCCUGGUGAUGGUGAACUUCUUCAACAAGUUUGUGUCCUGUUCAGACAGCGCCACCUUGCCCCAAGUGGCCGACCACCUGGACCACAUCAAGAAGGUGGCAGGCGCUCGGGCUGUGGGCCUUGGAGGAGAUUAUGAUGGUGUUACCAUGCUUCCUGUGGGGUUGGAGGAUGUUUCUAAGUACCCAGACCUGAUAGCGGAGCUUCUCAGGAGGAACUGGACAGAGACCGAGGUCAGAGGUUUGCUAGCUGACAACCUGAUACGGGUCUUCUCUGAAGUGGAACUGGUAAGCAAUAACAUGCAGUCUCCUGAGGAAGUCCCUAUCACCCUGAACAAGCUGGAUGGCUCCUGCAGGACAUACUAUGGCUACUCUCAGGCCCACAGCAUCCACUUGCAGACAGGGGCCCUGGCGGUCUCUCUGGCUUCCUUGUUCUUCCAUCUCCAUCUUCUGUGACAUCCGAAGGACCAGAACCUCCUCCAGUGCUCUCUGAGCUCAGGGAAGACUGGACAAGCCCAGAGUCCCUGUUGUCCAUGCAAAACCACACCCUUUCCCGAAUAAGUAGCGGGCUACCCUGGGGACAGCCCAAGACACAGGCAUGCAAUAAACACAAUGAGCCUUUGAGUGCUGAGUAGGUACGCUGUACCUCAGCCCUGGGAGGUUCUUCUGAGCAUCUGGA